AUGAUUCCAGCUCAACAUAUUGACGUUCGUUCACUAAAUGGAGGUUGCAUCACUCCUGAAGGUAUUAGCUCUGAUUUCUCAUACGCUCUUCAUAAUGUUACAGAUGUUGUGUUAGCAUUUCCGAAGAAUGCAAUGCAAAGAACAGUUUUAGAAAAUCCAAUGCUUCGAGGUCUUCAGGUCACUAUAGAUUCCAGAAACUUCCCCGAUCAAGCGAUGACCACAGUGGGUGACAUAUUCUUUACACGUAUGCUUCAAGCUUCUGAUUUAGAUGGAGUGAAUGAAUGCACAGAAGAAUACGAGGACUCAUUAACUAGACCACUGAAUGCAGAUGAUGGCACGCCAUUAGCUAGAACAUGGAAAGACCAAACUUCAUUCUUAUGCACUAUUCCAGUUCAACGUGAUGGAGCGGGUAUAUUCUUUGAUGGAUUAGAAACUUUCAACUCGCAAGUUACAGUACAAGUGAAAGCUUAUCCAAUCAUUCAGGGUGAAAAUGACACUUACUGUUCAAAGGUGACAAAUCCUCCUCAAGUUUGGUUUACUAGGACUACAGAUUGGACAUGGACACCGGAUGAAGGUUUGAAAUAUCAUCCAACAGGUACACCACCACAGUAUAGAAGUUCAUAUGAUGAAAUAUUGAUGAAUAGAAAUGUUUAA